UAAAUUCGUUUGAAAAUUGGCUCACUCAGUCCCCAAAGUGUGGAAUUUCCUGGUUGUUUCAUCUCAACGCCAAUUCAUUUUUAGCCCACCGCCAGCAACCCAUGGCGAUUCCCAAUUCACCAAUAAUCCCAAUCUUUCUCACCCUUCUCGCUUCAAUGGCAGCUUCCCAUCCAAUUCCAUCUUCUCAGAUUCUUCUCCAGUGCCUUUCUGACCAUUCUUCACCAUCUUCUUCCCCAAUUUCUCAGCUCGUUUUCUUCCCCGAUAACCCAUCUUACUCUCCCGUCUUGAACUCUUACAUCAGAAACCUUAGAUUCGCGUCCCCCACUACCCCCAAUCCAUUGUUCAUCGUCGCCCCGACCCAUGUCUCCCACAUUCAGGCCUCCAUUAUCUGCUGCAGAAUCCACGGCCUCGAAAUCAGAAUCCGAAGUGGUGGCCACGAUUAUGAUGGGCUCUCCUAUGUCUCCGAUUCCCCAUUUGUGAUCGUCGAUAUGUUCAAUCUUCGAUCUGUGGCUGUCGAUAUCGAGGACGAGAGCGCGUGGGUGGAGUCGGGGGCGACGCUGGGGGAAGUUUACUUCAAGAUUGCUGAGAGGAGCAAGAUCUAUGGGUUUCCGGCUGGGGUUUGCCCCACGGUUGGAGUUGGGGGCCAUCUCAGCGGUGCGGGCUACGGUAAUUUGAUGAGGAAAUUUGGGGUUUCUGUGGACUAUGUUGUUGAUGCUUUGAUUGUAGAUGCUAAUGGUAGGGUUUUGGAUAGAGAAUCAAUGGGGGAGGAUCUGUUCUGGGCAAUUAGAGGAGGAGGUGGAGCUAGCUUUGGCAUCAUAGUUUCAUGGAAAUUUAAACUGGUUCCUCUACCAGAAACUGUCACUGUUUUUAGAAUGGAGAAAACCAUGGAGGAAGGUGCAGUGGAUAUCUUGUACAAAUGGCAGCAGAUUGCUCAUAAAAUUGAUGAAAAUCUGUUUAUUAGAGUGGUGAUCCUUCCCGUGAAUAAAAAAGCCAAAAGCACAGCAAAAGCCAAAUUCGUUUCAUUGUUCCUUGGAAAUGCAGAGAAGCUGUUUGCGUUAAUGUCUGAGAGUUUUCCUGAAUUGGGUGUUAAGGCUGAGGAUUGUAAAGAAAUGAGCUGGAUUGAGUCGGUUCUGUUCUGGUCCAACUACCCAAAUGGGACCUCACUCAACGUUUUGCUUGAAAGGCAACCCAAAUCUGAGAAGUUCUUGAAGAAGAAAUCAGACUACGUACAAGAACCAAUAUCAAAGGCAGAUCUCGAAGGAAUGAUGAAGAAGAUGAUGGAAUUGAAAAGACCAGCGCUGACAUUCAACCCGUAUGGUGGGAAAAUGAGUCAAAUCCCAGAGAGUGAAACCCCAUUUCCACACAGAGCAGGGAACAUGUACAAAAUCCAGUACUCAGUAACAUGGAAAGAAGAAGGGGACGAAGCUGCAGAACAAAAUCUGGAGUUGAUCAGAGAGCUAUACGAGUACAUGACACCCCAUGUCUCAAAAUCGCCAAGAAGUGCUUAUUUGAACUACAGAGAUGUGGAUUUGGGCGUUAAUGGAAGAAAUGGCAACGGGAGCUAUGAGGAGGCAAGCACUUGGGGGAGAAAGUAUUUCAAGGGGAACUUGGAGAGGUUGGUGGAGGUGAAGACCGUGGCGGAUCCGGACAACUUCUUCAGAUACGAGCAGAGCAUCCCAUCUGUUGCAUUCUUCAAGAACCAACAAUCUGAUUCGAAUGGCGGAGCUGUGAAUUUGAAGUUUGCAAUUUGAUUUCCAAUUGCAAAUUUCUCUCCUCCCCUCCCGCGUCUUUCUCGCAAAAUCAACGGCUCUUUCGGCUACGAUUUCGAAUUCUUCCGCGACUGCUUUAUUUCUUCUGCGACGGCGACAGUCCUCCCCUUCGACAACGGCGAAAGAGAGAGGUUCGCUACAUAUAUAUAUAUAUAUAUAUAUAUAUUUCAGCGUAAAUUAUUUAUAUAUGAAAUUGAAAAUUUUAGUUGCUCAAAAUUAUGUCAUUUUGUUCGGUUGAUUUGUUGUUGGAUUUUGGCAUUGCAACAUAUUGCAAGGUUAAAAACAGAAGGUUAAUUAAUCGCUUAUUUGCUACUUGAUUUUUUUUUAACAAUAAGAUAGGUGAGAGGAUUUGCAUUCACACCCUCGUGAUCGGAGAUAGAUGUCAAUAUCACUAAGCUAAGCUCAUGUUGGCAACGAAUAAACAUUAUGAAAUAUAAUGCUUUAAACUUGUGUCUUUUGUUGCUU